AACAAAAAUGGGUUCCAAAGCAAUAGUUUUUCUGGUACUUUUCUUGGCUAUGGUUGUAAUUUUCAUAUCAUCAGAAGUUGCAGCUAGGGAUCUCGCCCAGACUUCCACUACCGUUGACACUUCUGAGAAGACAAAUGGAGCUGCAGUGAACGAUGCCAAAUAUGGUGGUAACUACGGUGGUGGAUACCCCGGAGGAGGCGGUAAUUACGGUGGUGGAUAUCCCGGAGGAGGUGGUAACUAUGGUGGCGGACGUGGUGGUUAUGGGGGCGGCCGUGGUGGUUAUGGAGGCGGCCGUGGUGGUUAUGGGGGCGGUCGCGGUAACUACUGCCGCUAUGGCUGCUGUGGGCGGAACUACUACAGAGGUGGUUGCCGGUGCUGUAGCUUCGCCGGUCAGAAGGUGGAUGCUGAACCUCAAGCCAAGCCUCAAAACUAAGAAAAUUUGCCAGCACAUACAGGAAUAUUGGCAUAUAAAUAUGUAUCCACCACCUAGUUUUUAAAUUAUUGCUGUGCUAUGUGGGCCAGUGUGUGAGAUAUAAAAAUAAUAAUAUAAUGAAUAAAAAAUGAAAGCAUGCAUGUAAAAGUGGGAGUGUGAGCGUAAUUGACUUGCCUUUUGUUUGAAUUAAACUCUCAUCAUUAAUGUAUUUUAUGUAUGUAUCCACACUAAUAUAAUGUUGAUGUUGGUGCUGUUGAAUAGAGAGUGACAUGUGAUAUGUAUUUUAUGUAUAUAUCCUUUCUCUUUA